ACUCAGGCUAGAUACCCCAUACCUCCAAUCAGCCGAAGGGAAGCAAUUAGACAAGAGUGAGUGACAGACCAAGGGGAACAGAUUCAGUGCGGGCCGUAUUUAUCUCCCCCUUGGACCUUCUUCCUCAGAGGCAUCUCUGGAUUAGGGUUUCCUCUUAACCGCUUGAAAGGAAAAACCCUAGUCUCGGAAACUCUCGGAUCAGCUCCUUGUCUUGUUUUUUCUAGUGCUUACCAAUUAAAAUGGCUGAUGGUCAUGAAACUGAUAAGAAUAUUGAGAUAUGGAAGAUCAAGAAAUUGAUCAAGGCACUGGAAGCUGCAAGAGGUAAUGGUACCAGCAUGAUCUCACUUAUUAUGCCCCCACGUGAUCAAAUAUCUCGAGUUACUAAGAUGUUGGGUGAUGAAUUUGGAACUGCUUCAAACAUCAAAAGUAGGGUUAACCGCCAGUCAGUAUUGGGCGCCAUUACCUCUGCUCAGCAGAGGCUGAAGCUUUAUAAUAAGGUUCCACCAAAUGGAUUGGUUCUGUACACUGGAACAAUUGUUACUGAAGAUGGGAAGGAAAAAAAGGUAACAAUUGACUUUGAGCCUUUCAAGCCCAUAAACGCAUCACUCUACCUCUGUGAUAAUAAGUUCCACACUGAGGCCUUGAAUGAACUCCUGGAAUCUGAUGAUAAAUUUGGGUUUAUAGUCAUGGAUGGAAAUGGGACCCUUUUUGGGACAUUAAGUGGAAACACACGUGAGGUUCUCCACAAAUUCACUGUUGAUCUCCCAAAAAAACACGGAAGAGGAGGACAGUCUGCUCUGCGUUUUGCCCGUCUUCGUAUGGAGAAACGGCACAACUAUGUGAGAAAGACAGCUGAGCUUGCCACACAAUUCUUCAUCAAUCCAGCUACCAGCCAGCCAAAUGUUGCAGGGUUAAUACUGGCUGGGUCAGCUGACUUCAAGACAGAGCUGAGCCAGUCAGAUAUGUUUGAUCCCCGUCUCCAGGCCAAGAUACUUAAUGUGGUUGAUGUUUCUUAUGGAGGGGAGAAUGGGUUCAAUCAGGCAAUUGAACUAUCCUCUGAGAUCCUAUCCAAUGUUAAGUUCAUUCAGGAGAAGCGCUUGAUUGGGAAGUACUUUGAAGAAAUCAGCCAGGAUACCGGGAAGUAUGUUUUUGGUGUGGAUGACACACUGAAAGCACUUGAAAUGGGUGCUGUUGAAACACUUAUUGUGUGGGAAAGUCUGGACAUUAACAGGUAUACCCUAAAAAAUAGCUCCACUGGUGAGAUCGUCAUAAAGCACCUGAACAAGGAUCAAGAGGCUGAUCAAAAUAACUUCCGGGAUCAAGCCACUGGUGCAGAAUUGGAGGUUCAGGAGAAGAUGUCACUACUUGAGUGGUUUGCUAACGAGUACAAAAGAUUUGGUUGCAGUCUUGAGUUUGUUACCAACAAAUCACAAGAAGGGUCUCAAUUCUGCAGGGGAUUUGGUGGUAUUGGGGGAAUCCUUCGCUACCAGCUUGACAUGAGGUCAUUUGAUGAGAUUUCUGAUGAUGGAGAAAUUUACGAUUCUGAUUAGCAAUCAAUCAACCCUUACUCAAUGCUGGUGCAGAAGGAAACUCUAAACGACUGCACCGGGUAUGCGAGUCAAUUGCACUCGCCACUGCUAUUCUAUUGCUCGUUAAACAGAACAUUGAGGAGCUUGUCUGUUUUCUGGAAUGGAUGGUACGUAGUAUGGUUGUGGUAUUUCCGUAUUUGGCGAUGGUUUUUGCUGGACGAACAAAAUUACAGUAUUUUUUUGCUGGGUUGGAGGAGAUUAUAGGUAGUAGGAUUACUUUUGUUAUAGUGUCAUGAUCCAUUAGACACUUGCAUCAGUAUCUCGAAACCUUUUCCUUUCACUAGUUUAUGUUAUACUAGUAACAUAGUUCAAACACUACUAGUAACAACAUAUUUCACCUUGGAGUCUCGCCUCUUUGUUCUCAUUUGUCUUGAGUUGAAGCGUGAUGUUUCUCCUUAUCUUGGGGGGAGCCAUAAAGAGUUCUGAAAAGUAGUAAAUGUUUAGUUAAUGCAGCCUAUGUUGAUUGGUUUGUUUCGGAUUCUACAAAUUUCAAAGCCAGCAUCUGAUGAUUCUAAUCAUUUAAUACUUUAAUGGAUAGACUUUGUGGAUCGCUCAAAUUUCGAAGGCAGCUCGAGUUACGAGUCUAAUGACUAAUCGUUUGAGGGCGGUUUGUGAAUCAUCGCUAGCCAUUCCACUAUCUGAUCCGAAUCCGGAUAACCUGUACUCUCGGUCAUGCACAUUUUUCUGCACUCCCAAUCAUGUCAGCUUGGCACGGGUUCUAACUUCAUACAUGUGACAGUGAGCAAUUUUUAUAAGCACGAGAGAGACGCGUAAGUAGAAAACGGAGAAGCUGAUGAACGAGAUUACUGUUUCUCUGCAACUCCUAUGGUCAAGUUAGAACUUGAGGUCGUUCACUUUAUUUGGCCAAGUUAAAAGCACAAGAUUGCUUUAUCCUACAGGUUGCAUCUUUCUGCUAUUUCUAGGCACUGCUGUGCCUUACUUUAUAUUAUCAUUCAUGUUUCAAUUUGAUUCUCCUGUAAUACAAAACAAAAGGAGCAGUUAAUGCACGGAUAUGCUCA